CACCGAGUCAUCAAUUCUUGGAACCUGUUAUCCGAGGCAGUGGUGUCCACAUCUUCAAGUGAUUCAUUGAAGAGAAGACUAGGCACUCACAGAAGCAUACUAGAAAAGGAAUAACAGAGGCUAUAGGUCUUCUGCUCUUACUACACACAUUUGAAAUGUAAAAUCGGUCCUGUGGGUAUUUUGAAGUAGUCUCGCUACAGUUUCGUAAUGCUUUUAUGGUCUAAAUAAUUAUGGAGUGUAAGGCGUCAGUCAAUGGGUUCCGAAAAACACUGUCACAUGCAGUUGAUCACUGUGGCCCUACAGCGAAACGCAUUUCCUUAAAGGCAAUUUCUGAUGUUAAAGGACUUCCUUCAGCUUCACAAAUAUACCAAGACUCAUGCUUGAAGCUUCAGAGGGCAACAAAGGCAGUUUUUCUCAGCGAGCCUGUCGGAUCCACACUAGAGGAGCUUUACAGGAAUGUCGAAGAUAUAUGUGCACAAAAAAUGAUUAUGGAAUUGUACUCCAGCCUGAAGGCUAUAUUCAGUGAAUAUGUAGCUGGACUACAACCUGAGUUCUUAAAAUAUCCUUUUUUGUUGAUGAGUUCUUGCCAUUUCUCUUCUUUUGUCUUCUUACCUUGACGUUUCGCUUUCACAGUAGGUUUCCAACUCAACGCGGUGGCACACUGUUGGGGAUUGUACUGUAAAAAAAUGCUUCUCAUCAGGAAUAUAUUUCUUUUCAUGGAUAGACAACUUCUUCAGUUAAAUCCUCAGAACUUACAAAUAUGGGACCUAGCCCUUAAGUUGUUCCGAGAAGAUGUUAUCACUCAGGAGAAAGUUCAAUCCCGUUUGAUGUGUCAAAUACUGGAUGAAAUACAUAAAGAACGAUGUGGAGAAGCUAUUGAUCGACAACUUUUACGUACUGUCAUCAGAAUGUUGGUGGAUUUAAAACUCUAUGAUUCAAUAUUCCUUGCAGAAUUUGUUUGUAAAAGUCAACAACUCUACGCUUAUGAAGCAGAUACUCUAUCUAGACAACUCAGUGUUCCUGAAUAUUUGUUACAUGUGGACAAAAGGAUCAUUGAGGAAGAAGAUAGACUUGUUGUGUAUUUAGAUGCUAAUUCAACUCGUAGUUUGCUUAUGUCAACUCUGGUUUCGGAAUUAUUAACUCGUCCAUUAGACUAUCUACUGGAUAAUGGCUUAGUUAAUCCAUUGAAAACAAAACAAACUUCCCAAUUAUCUUUACUGUUUUCUUUAGUUUCACGAGUUCCCAAUGGUAUAGAAAAAUUGCGGACACAUUUCCGUAAUUAUAUCAUACAAAUGGGUCGUGAAAUGGUGGAAAAUCCAACACACGAUCCUGAAAAAGAUCGCAAUAUGAUUCAAAAUUUAUUAGAUUCACGGGAUUUUCUUUCGGAAAUUACUGUAUCGUGCUUUUCAAAUGAUCCCAGCUUUAUGCGUGUUCUACAAGAAGCCUAUGAAGAGUUUAUCAAUCAACGUCCGAACAAACCGGCUGAGUUUCUAGCUAAAUAUCUUGAUUCUCAUCUUAGAUCUGGAAAUAAAGCACAAACAGAAGAAGAAUUGGACAAGUUAAUGGAUAAGGCUAUGAUUCUGUUUCGUUUCAUCGAUGGAAAAGAUAUAUUUGAAGCAUUUUAUACCAAAGAAUUAGCAAAACGUCUUCUUUUGAAUAAAAGUGCAUCAGUUGAUGCAGAGAAAGCCAUGCUGUCAAAACUUAAACAAGAAUGUGGACCAAACUAUACACGCAAAAUGGAGACAAUGUUUCAGGACAUCGAAUUAAGCAAGCAGUUAAGUAAAAAUUUUCGUUUAUCUUUACCUGAUACUCAUGCGAUCGAGUUAAGCGUAAAUGUGAUUUGUCCAGCAUCUUGGCCACCGUAUCCACAGACAACAGCCAAUUACCCCCCUGAAAUGGUGGCUCUUCGAGAGGAAUUUACGCGCUUCUAUUUAUCCCAUCACCAAGGUCGAAAGCUGAUAUAUGAACCGUCUUUAGGAACGUGUGUUGUGAAAGCUAUAUUUCCGAUGACUCCAAAUCUUCGUAAAGAAUUACAAGUAUCUGAACUACAAGCUUUAGUGUUACUGCAAUUCAAUCAAUCAGAUAAUGCUCCUAUUACUUAUACAACGAUAGCUGAAAAUACUGGUAUCGAAGAAAAAGAAUUGAAACGAACAUUACUUUCAUUAGCUGCUGGUAAAGGACAACGUGUUUUGAAAAAAACUCCUGGUAAUCUAGAGAUUGAAAACGAUCAUCAGUUUGUUUUCAACACCGAAUUUCAUCAUCGACUUACGCGUAUCAAAUUCAAUCAGGUUCAACUAAAAGAAACUGAACAAGAACAAGUGGCUACUGAAGAACGGGUGUUUGCUGAUCGUGUUGCUCAUGUAGAUUGUUGUAUUGUACGAAUUAUGAAAACGCGUAAAACUAUUGACCAUAAUUCAUUAUUAUCAGAAGUCUACAAGCAAUUACAGUUUCCACUUAAAGCAAGUGAUGUGAAGAAACGUAUCGAAAAUUUAAUUGAACGAGAUUAUAUGAAAAGAGACUCAAGUAACGCUGCCACUUAUCAUUAUGUGUCCUAAGUAAACGUCGCCCAUUUACUUUGGGGAAAGUGUUGCUUUUUUCCCAAAAAUUAAGAUGUAUAUGACAAUUCUGUUAUUGUUUCAAGUUAACGUUACUGAUGCACUGCGUUCCAAACAGUUGUGUGAGUUAAGUUCUAAAAGAACUACUUGCUACCUUUCUCUUUUUGUACAGCAGAUUAUGUUAUACCAUUUGACCUUCACUUUUAUGUAAAACUAGUAACAGUCUGUCAUGUUCAUGUCAUUGUCCUUCGUGUGCGUGUUUGUUCUUUAAGAAACUAUUGGUCUUUUCAACUGCUUUUUGCUUAUACUUCUCGGUUGACAAACUACGAGCAUCUUACUGAAUAUUAUAGAAGUGGAAAAAAGUUUCGACCAGACAACUCGUCUACAUUUCAUGUUUCCUUUCUUACUACUGCUAUCUUCAUCCAAAUUGGGUCGCAAACAAUGAGAACUCUGGUCAAGAAAAUCGUGUUAUCGAAUAUUUUUAAAUUUCAUGUUUACCAAUUGGGAUAGUAUAUUCCCGUCCAUUCAAUAUCAUUAUACACAUCACUGUAUUAAGUGCCAGACUUUGUAAUGAAAGUUGUCUACAUAGGUUGCAGACUUCUAUUUAAAGAGUUCCUAUUUUGUGAAAGCUAAUGGGACUACUCCAUUGACAAACCUGUGACGUAAUAAAUAAAAGCCGAACGUUCGGUGAUAGUAUACACGUGCAUAUAAUAAUUGCUGAUUUUGCAUUACUUCAUUUAAGCAUAGCAAAUCAUUUUACAUGCAGUUACAUAUCCUCGUGUAAGUCGUAUUCAUUUAUGCUCUCCAGAACCGUGGUAGACUCAUCACAUCAGAAGUCACUUUACGUAUGUCCUGUUAAUUUCGUCUCCUAUUUAGAUAUGUGCAAUACGGGUCGGGAAAUAUCUAAAUGACUUAGUCUCCCACGAACUCCGCUAUAGUCUUUAAAUAAUUUUUGCUUACUCCAACUGUUAAACUAUUACCUAGACGGACGUUCACACGACUGUCAGCAUGUAUGACAGCGAUGUUCUUUUGCCGUAAUAUUAUAGCAUGCAUUUGUACCAUAUUAAUUAUUUGAUAUUGAUGUUGUAGUUUGUGCAUUCUGUUUAAAACAGUCUGUCUAACUAAACAUUAAACUCAACAAUAAGUAAACAGUCAGUUGAGACUCACGACUUCCAAUCAAACCGCUUAACCCUAGUAUGCUUACGAACCUCGUGAUUUCCUAUAGAAGGCGGUCCUUUAAAGUUAAGAUCUAGCUAAAUUACGAAGGUCAGGCCAGGUAUUCCACAUUAUCGAAUCUCAAUACGGCAACAUAAAUGUUGUUAUGUAAUCCAUUCAGUAGAAAGUCCUUGAUCAUCGAUAUGAACCCUUAGUGACGCUUAGAGUUUCGUUCGUUGAACUUUAUGAAGGGCACUCGAUAUUCAUCGGUUGAACCUGAAAUUCUCGGAAUUAACAUGAAGUAUGUAGAUAUAGAAUUGGGUCCUCCGUUAUGGCAGUUACUAGGAUAUACGAUCGAUUAAAGCAAAACCUAGC